UCCUCCUCCUCCUCCUCCUCCUCCUCCUCCAUCACGAUGCCGCGGUCUUUCGUCGCAGCGGCCUCGCUCUUCAUCCUUCUCCUGAUCUCGCCAGCAUUCUCCAGAACAGUAACGUAUGACUGGAACAUAACCUGGACGACAGCCAACCCGGACGGACGGUUCGACCGGGCGACCAUCGGCAUCAACGGUAAAUGGCCGAUCCCAACGAUCGAGGUGGACAAGGGCGACCGCGUGGUCAUCAACAUGUACAACGGACUCGGCGAUCAGAGUACCAGUCUUCAUUUCCACGGACUCUUUCAGAAUGGCACUUCGUUCAUGGACGGCCCCGCCACCGUCACGCAAUGUCCUGUUCCGCCAGGCCACAGCUUCGUCUACAACUUCACCAUCGACCAGCCGGGCACGUACUGGUACCACUCGCACCAUGCCGGGCAGUAUCCCGACGGCCUCCGCGGGCCGUUGAUAGUGCACGAUCCCGAGGACCCGCACAGAGACGCCUACGAUUCCGAAAUUGUCUUGACACUUUCGGAUUGGUACCACGAGCAGAUGCCAGCGCUGAUCAAACGCUUCAUCGCCUACACAAAUCCGACUGGCGCCGAGCCGGUGCCCGAGGCCGCGCUCAUCAACGACGCCCAGAACGUUACCGUGUCCGUCGAGCCAGAUAAGACUUAUCUGCUGCGCAUCGUGAACAUGGCCGCGUUCGCGGCACAGUAUAUAUGGUUUGAGGAUCACACCAUGAGUGUCGUCGAAGUCGAUGGUGUAUACACGCACCCCAUGGAGGCGCAGAUGCUGUACCUUACUGCCGCGCAGAGGGUGAGCGUGUUGAUCACAACCAAGAACGAGACCACGACGAAUUAUGCGUUCAUGGGGAGUAUGGACGAGGACCUUUUCGAUGAGGUCCCACCGGGCCUGAAUCCCAACGUCACUGGCUGGCUAGUGUACAACGCCUCAGCCGACAAACCCGCCGCAAAGGAAAUCGCCGAAUUCACUCCACUGGACGAUUUCCUUCUUGUGCCAGUGGACGGCCACGAGCUUCUGCCCGCCGCCGACCACACGAUCACGCUGAACGUGACGAUGAACAACCUCCUCGACGGCGCGAACUACGCCUUCUUCAACGACGUCACCUACGUGCGGCCCAAGGUGCCCACGCUGUACACCGCGAUAACCACGGGCGAAUUCGCGACCAACCCCGCCGUCUACGGCGUCAACGCGCACGCCUUCGUGCUGAACCACAUGGACGUCGUCGAUAUCGUGCUCAACAACAUGGACCCGGGGAAACACCCGUUUCAUCUGCACGGACACAAUUUCCAGACUAUCCAUCGCAGCGAGGAGGAGGCGGGGUCCUACAAUCCCAACGCGGAGAAUCCUACCCCGCCAAAAGUCCCCAUGCGCAGAGAUGUCGUCCUCGCUCCGCCGAAUGGGAACGUCGUUAUCCGCUUCCGUGCCGACAACCCCGGGAUAUGGCUGUACCAUUGCCACCUCGAAUGGCACCUCGCCUCGGGCCUCGUGGCGACGAUGAUCGAAGCGCCCUUGCAGUUACAAGGCAACACCACGAUUCCAGCCGACCACCUCUCGGUCUGCGCCGCGCAGGGCAUAGCCACCGCUGGUAACGCGGCCGGCAACACGAAGGACUUCCUGGACCUUAAGGGCGCAAAUGUUAGUCCCGAACCGCUGCCCGAGGGGUUCACGCCAAGGGGAAUUGUCGCGUUCACGGGGACUAUUCUUUCCGCAUUGCUGGGGUGCGCGGUUAUUGUGUGGUAUGGGAUGGCGGAUAUUCCCUCGACCGCCGUUGCAGCCGCGGGAGGGCUGGUGGGUGCAGCGAAAUAGUGGGGGUUCAUUGUCAUUUUUCUGUCUUCGUGAGGUACCUGAUACCUGUAUUGUUGAGCUUGGGCCUUGGGUCACGUUUUUGGUCAUUCUGUUUAUUCGAAAACUUGUAAGCACAGUCCACUCUUGAGAAACGAUGUGAUAUCCC